AUGAACACCAAGGGCAAGGCGACUCGACGCACCAUUUCGUGGGUAAGUGGAUCAGGCUAUUACCCCCCUUGCGUUUUGUUUAAAGUGCUCUACGCCCGCCUCGCACGGGGCGUGUGCCGGAUUUCGGCGGCUGCCCCCAGCGCAGGUAGCUGCAGCGCAACCCCAGAUCCGGCGACCCCCUCAUCUCGACCCUGCCCUCCCCUCCCCCAGGUGUGGAAUAAGAACGUGGAGACCACCGACUUCCUGGUGCUGGGCUCCGGCAUCGCGGGGCUGAGCUACGCGCUGGCGGUGGCCGAGCAUGGGUCGGUGGCGGUGGUGACCAAGGCGGCGGCCGACGACGGCUGCACGCGCUACGCGCAGGGCGGCAUCUGCGCGGUGCUGGACCCGCGCGACUCCGUUGCCGCCCACGUGCACGACACCAUGGUGGCGGGGGCCUGGCUGAACUGCCCGGAGGCCGUGGCCGCAGUCUGCUCCGAGGGCCCGGCCCUGGUGCUGGGCCUGGCGCGCCUGGGCGCAGAGUUCACCCGCGCCGCCAUGGCCGCGGCGGGGGCCGACCACGUGCUACUGGACGUGCGGCACCUGGGCCGGCCGGCCAUCGAGGCCCACUUUCCGACCAUCGCCGCGCGCUGCGCGGCGAUGGGCCUGGACAUGGCCGCCGCGCCGCUGCCCGUGGCCCCCGCCCAGCACUACAUGUGCGGCGGCGUGCGCGCCGGGCUGGGCGGCGAGACGGCGCUGCCGGGGCUCUGGGCCGCGGGCGAGGUGGCCUCCUCCGGCCUGCACGGCGCCAACCGGCUGGCCAGCAACAGCCUGCUGGAGGGGCUGCGCGCGGCGCGCGACGGGCCGGCGGUCGCUGCCGAGGCCGACUCGGCCGCGGAGCGCGACGCGGCGGCCACGCGCAGGCGCCUGCGCGCGCUGAUGUGGCGCUGCGCGGGCAUCGUGCGUCGCGAGGCCGACAUGCGCGAGGGGCUGGAGGAGGAAUGCAUCUCCCUGCCAUUAGUUGGCGCGGCCCAUGCCAUCGUCUCCCUGCUCAAGUCUGGCCAUGCCGGCCUGUGCCUGGCUGGAACCCAGCCGGGCCUCCUCCUCUGCCUGGCCCCAAAGGUCCUCGAGGACCCAGCGCUGAACCCCCUGGACGCCUCGAGCAGGCCGUGGCAGUCCUCCCUGCUCCUGGCCCUGCGCAGCUUCGGCCUGGGACCAUGGACCGCCCAGGUCCCCGCCGCCGAACCUCAGGAAGCCGAGGCCGGCGACGGCUCCGAGGUCGCUCGCAUCUACGCCCGCAUCCUGCCCUCCAAGACCGCGCCAGAGUUCGAGAGCCCCCUGCCGCCAGCCCUGCGCCCCACGCUGCCCGGCUACCAGCGCCGGGCGCUGCGCUGGAUGCUGCAGCGCGAGGGUGCCGCUGCGACGGCGGCCAAAGAACACGGCGCCCCGCCCUGCAAGAGGCCCCGCGCCGACGACCUGCACCCGCUCUGGGCACGGGUGGCCACCGCGGACGGGGGGUCCCUGUUUGUGAACAGGUGCACCGGCAGACUCAGCACAGCCAGCUUCCCGACACCUAGCCCGCGGCAGGUCUGUCCCGAGAGCGGGUGGAGUGCGGUGUCUGGCGGCAUCCUGGCUGAUGAGAUGGGCCUGGGCAAGACCGUGGAGGUGCUGGCCUGCAUCCUGGCGCACCCCUACGGCGGUCCGGCGCCUGACCUGGAAGCGCAACGGGGCAUGCGGCAGCAGGAGAUCCUCAAGCAUGUGGAUACCAAUCAAGUCUCCAUGCUAGUAUAUUCUGGCCAGACCCCCAGCAACAUGGGCGGCGACAAGGCCGGCGCAGUAGUGUCGGCGCUGGAUCUGGCCGGCGCCGACAUCGUGCUCACCACCUACGACGUGCUGAGAAAGGAUGCUUGGCGAGUAGACGGGCCGGAACGCCGGCUGCGGCACGCCAAGAAGUACGAGGUCCUCAAGACGCCGCUCACUCGCCUCCACUGGUGGAGGGUCGUGCUGGACGAGGCACAGAUGGUGGAGGGCGCGGCGUCCCGGGCCGCCGAGCUGGCGCGCUCCCUUUCUGCCACGCACCGGUGGUGCAGCACCGGCACCCCGCUCUCCAAGGGCCUGGACGACCUGCACGGCCUCCUCGCCUUCCUGGGCGCCGAGCCCUACGCGCAGCGGCGCUGGUGGGAGGCGCUGGUCACGCGGCCCCUGGCCGGCGCCUGCGCCGGCGCGGCAGACCUUGAGCGGGGCCGGGCCUGGCGCGCCGCGCUGCGCCUGCUGGACCCGGCCUCGCCCGCCGGGCUGAUGUGGCGCAACACCAAGGCGCACCUGGGCGCGGAGCUGGGCGUCCCGCGCCAGCACGGGCACGUGCGCCGCCUGGACCUGUCUCCCAUCGAGGCCCACUUCUACGCACGGCAGCACGCCGACUGCCUGCAGCGUGCGCGCGGCGCGCUGCCGCGCGCGGCGCUGGAGCCGGGCGGCAGCGGCCCGGAGGACAGGCUGCUGACGGCGCGGGAGGAGAAGCGGGUGCUGCUCCCCCUCCUGCGCCUGCGCCAGGCCUGCUGCCACCCCCAGGUGGGCACCGGUGGCAUGCGCAGCCUGGCCCUGCACCGGGUCCCCAUGUCCAUGCACGACGUCCUGGACGUCAUGAUCUCCAAGCAAAGAAUAGAGGCGGAGGACGCGCAGCGCUUGCUCCUGGCGGCGCUCAACGGCCUGGCGGGGCUGCAGCUGCUGGCGGGGCGGCCGGAGGAGGCGGCGGCCACCUACCGCGGCGUGCUGGCGGCCGCCGAGGCCAACGCGCGCCUGGGCGUGCGCGCCGACGGCCUGCAGCGCCUGCACGCACUGCACAAUCUGCAGGACGCGCUGCGUGCCGCGCGCGACGGCGUGCCGCGCACGCUGCGCGACGACGUGCUGACGAGGCAGGCGGAGGAGCUGCGGGACGCGUACGCGGCCGAGUCGGUGGCGGGGCUGGCGGCGGCGCGCGUCGCGCAAGGAGCAGCGGCGCGCGAGGCGGAGGCGGGCGCGGGCGAGGGGCUGGGGGAUCUGAGGCCCGAAGAAGCGCGUGCCCUGGAGGCGGCCUGGCACGUCGAGGCAGUGCGGCUGAUAGAGGGCGCAGGCCAGGCGGAGGUCGCGCUGGCCGCGGUGCGUGAGACGCUGGCGGGCGGGGAGGCAUACCAGAGGGCUGGCGCGGCGACUGGGGGAGGGCUGAAAUCGAACGCCCGCUCCGACUCUCUGAACGGUCUGGCCCUGGUGCUGGGCCGUGAGUUGAGGGAGUUGAAUGACGCGCGGGAGGCCGCUCUGGCUGAGCUGGCCCGCCUGGACCGCGCCUGUGACCGCCCCGGACCGGACCUCGUGCGGCUGGCGGGCAGCUGCGCGCGGUGCCGCGCCGAGACGGCCGUGUCCGGCGCCACCUGCGCGCACUGUCGCCUGGACGAGCGCUUCCUGCGGUGGGAGGCCGCCGAGCGGCAGCUGGACCGCCUGGAGGCGCAGCGUCGGCUGUACCUGGCCUCGGGCGCGCUGGGCCUGGCCCAGCGCGCCAGGCUGUACGCACUGGACGAGCUGGACAUGUGUGUGGGCAGGAUGAGGCUUGCAGAGCCCGGUGAGGUGCUGAGGCCGGGGGACGAGCUGUACAAGCUGGCGGGCGCCGAGGCGGUGGCUGUCCGCAGCGUGGAGCUGACGCACGACCGGGCGGCGGCGGAGGCGGCGCUGCGGGAGCGGCUGGGCACGCUGCGCUACCUGAAGACCCUGGGCCGGGGCCCCGAUGGGGGCGCGACGGGAGAGGCCUGCCCCAUCUGCCACGAUGCGCUGGGGCUGCAGCAGGCCAUGCUGCCGUGUGGGCACCGCCUCUGCCCCCGCUGCUCCGUGGGACUCGCCGAGCACCGCUCCGCGGCAGGCGGCAAGAUCCUGUGCCCCUCCUGCCGUGCGAGGACGCAGCUGGCGGAGAUCGCCUACAUAGACACCAGGGAGGACGUGGGAGGGAAGGAGGAGGCUGGCAAGAAGGCACGGCCCAUCAAGGGCUCCUACGGCACCAAGGUGUGA